AUGCACGUCGCAGCGUGGCUCCUCCUCACAGCCCUCGCGUCCUUCACGUACGGCGAAGAGUGCGUCCUGCGCCAGAACCAAGGCAACACGAUCGACAUGCUCCAGCGCCAGCUGCGCUCCAAGUCGGCCCUUGACAUUCGCCGCAAGUGCAUCGAGCUCGGCCUCAACUGUGGCGGCGCUUAG